CCCGCGAGGCGCCCCGAGGGGCGGGGCCGACCGGCAGCGGCGCACGCCCCGCCCCGCCCCUUCCCCGUCUCCCGCGCGAGGCGGGGUCUCUUACCUAACCGCCACCUCCCCUUGCCGGGGCAGGGGGAGAGACAGACACGGGACGCUGACUCGUGAUUGGCUAGCCCCCAUCACGUGACCCCACAUGUCCCCGUUUCCCCUCACACAGGCACCCGCCUGCCGCCCCACGUGCGCGGGGGCGCCGCGCCUUAGCGGCGGGAGUUGGGGGGGGGGGGGGGGGGCGUGGGGCGUGUCCGCCCACGGAGGCGCUUGGCAUGGCGGAGAGCGGCGCCUGGCUGCUGGUGCUGAGCUCCGUCUUCCUCUGCAACGCUCUCAAGAUCCUCCUGCCCUCUUGCUCCUCCAUCAUAUCCAGAUUGUUACAAAAGGAUGCAGAGCAGGAAUCCCAAAUGAGAGCUGAAAUUCAGAACAUGAAGCAAGAACUCUCAACCAUUAGUAUGAUGGAUGAGUUUGCUAGAUAUGCCCGUCUGGAAAGAAAGAUUAACAAAAUGACUGACAAGCUUAAAACUCAUGUGAAAGCACGAACUGCCCAAUUAGCCAAAAUAAAGUGGGUUAUAAAUAUUGUAUUCUACAUCUUACAAGCUGCGUUGAUGAUCUCUUUGAUUUGGAAGUACUAUUCUGAGCCAGUUACAGUGCUUCCAAGCAAAUGGCUUGCUCCGCUGGAGCGCUUGGUAGCCUUUCCUACGGGGGUGGCAGGUGGUGUUGGCAUUACAUGUUGGCUUGUGGUUUGCAAUAAAGUUGUAGCUAUCAUGCUACACCCUUUCAGCUGAAGGAAUCCCAGUAAUCCCUGGAGUCCUCAACUACAUUUUUCACUAUCACUGUUUUAAAUGGAAAGG